AUGGAAUCAGGGAGAAGGGGAUGGAAUCUGGGAGAAGGGGGUGGAAUCAGGGAGAAGGGGAUGAAAUCUGGGAGAAGGGGAUGGAAUCUAGGAGAAGGGGAUGGAAUCAGGGAGAAGGGGAUGGAAUCUCGGAGAAGGGGAUGGAAUCUGGGAGAAGGGGAUGGAAUCUGGGAGAAGGGGAUGGAAUCUAGGAGAAGGGGGUGGAAUCAGGGAGAAGGGGGUGGAAUCUGGGAGAAGGGGAUGGAAUCAGGGAGAAGGGGAUGGAAUCAGGGAGAAGGGGAUGGAAUCUGGAGAAGGGGAUGGAAUCUGGGAGAAGGGGGUGGAAUCUGGGAGAAGGGGAUGGAAUCUGGGAGAAGGGGGUGGAAUCAGGGAGAAGUGGAUGGAAUCUGGGAGAGAGGGAUGGAAUCUGGGAGAAGGGGAUGGAAUCUGGGAGAAGGGGAUGGAAUCAGGGAGAAGGGAAUGGAAUCUGGGAGAAGGGGAUGGAAUCUAGGAGAAGGGGAUGGAAUCUGGGAGAAGGGGAUGGAAUCUGGGAGAAGGGGAUGGAAUCUAGGAGAAGGGGAUGGAAUCAGGGAGAAGGGGAUGGAAUCUGGGAGAAGGGGGUGGAAUCAGGGAGAAGGGGAUGAAAUCCGGGAGAAGGGGAUGGAAUCUAGGAGAAGGGGAUGGAAUCAGGGAGAAGGGGAUGGAAUCUGGGAGAAGGGGAUGGAAUCUGGGAGAAGGGGAUGGAAUCUAGGAGAAGGGGAUGGAAUCAGGGAGAAGGGGAUGGAAUCUGGAGAAGGGGAUGGAAUCUGGGAGAAGGGGGUGGAAUCUGGGAGAAGGGGAUGGAAUCUGGGAGAAGGGGAUGGAAUCUGGGAGAAGGGGAUGGAAUCUGGGAGAAGGGGAUGGAAUCAGGGAGAAGGGGAUGGAAUCUGGGAGAAGGGGAUGGAAUCUGGGAGAAGAGGAUGGAUUCUGGGAAAGGGGAUGGAAUCUGGGAGAAGGGGGUGGAAUCAGGGAGAAGGGGAUGAAAUCUGGGAGAAGGGGAUGGAAUCUAGGAGAAGGGGAUGGAAUAUGGAGAAGGGGGUGGAAUCUGGGAGAAGGGGAUGGAAUGUGGGAGAAGGGGAUGGAAUGUGGGAGAAGGGGAUGGAAUCUGGGAGAAGGGGAUGGAAUCUGGGAUGGAAUCUGGAAGAAGGGGAUGGAAUCUGGGAGAAGGGGAUAGAAUCUGGGAGAAGGGGAUGGAAUCUUGGAGAAGGGGAUAAAAUCUGGGAGAAGGGGGUGGAAUCUGGGAGAAGGGGAUGGAAUCUGGGAGAAGGGGAUGGAAUCUGGGAGAAGGGGAUGGAAUCUACGAGAAGGGGAUGGAAUCUGGGAGAAGGGGAUGGAAUCUGGGAGAAGGGGAUGGAAUCUGGGAGAAGGGGAUGGAAUCUGGGAGAAGGGGAUUGA